AUGUCGGCAGCAAUGAGCGGAGGUGGGAAGCGGACUCCGACCACCGCCACACAGAGGCUCAAGCAGGACUACCUCCGCAUCCAGCGGGACCCUGUACCCUACGUGAGCGCUGAGCCGCUCCCCUCCAACAUCCUCGAGUGGCAUUAUGUGGUGCGUGGUCCUGAGAAGACCCCUUAUGAGGGGGGGCUGUACCAUGGUCGGCUGCUGUUCCCGCGAGAAUUCCCCUUCAAGCCACCCAGCAUCUACAUGGUGACACCCAACGGUCGCUUCAAGUGCAACACGCGGCUGUGUCUGUCGAUCAGCGACUUCCACCCGGACUCAUGGAACCCGGCGUGGUCGGUGUCCACCAUCCUCACGGGGCUGCUCAGCUUCAUGGUGGAGCGUGGAGCCACGCUGGGCAGCAUCGACACCUCGGACUACACCAAGAGGCAGCUGGCUGCUCAGAGCGGCCUCUUCAACCUCAGGGACAAAGUCUUCACUGAGCUGUUUCCAGACAUCGUCACGGAGAUCCGCGAGCGCCAGCGCCUGACCCAGCCGCCCGGCCCGGCCCCCCCCGCCGGCCCCCCCGGCGGCCCCCCCGGGGGGCCCCUCCCGGCCGGCGCCGGCUCGCUCGGCGCCGUCCACCGGGCGGCGGGGGGGGUGGAGGGAGGAGGGGGGGGCCCCCCCCCGCAGCCGGCGGUGGGCCUGCUGGGCGGGGCGCUGGCCAACAUCGUGGUGCUCGUGGGCUUUGCCGCCUUUGCCUACACGGUGAAGUACAUCCUGAGAAGCAUCGCGCAGGAGUAGACUAGACACCACCUACACCAUCACCUACACCACCUACACCAUCACCUACACCAUCACCUACACCACCUACACCACCUACACGGUGAAGUACAUCCUAAGAAGCAUCGCACAGGAGUAGACUAGACACCACCUACACCAUCACCUACACCACCUACACCAUCACCUACACCAUCACCUACACCACCUACACCAUCACCUA